GCGUACAUUGUGUGCUGGGCUCCGUUCUUCAUCGUGCAAAUUUGGUCAGUCUGGGAUGAAAACUUCUCCUGGGAUGAUUCUGAAAAUGCAGCGGUGACCCUCUCUGCCCUGCUGGCGAGUCUCAACAGCUGCUGUAACCCAUGGAUCUACAUGCUCUUCAGUGGCCACCUCCUUAAUGACUUCUUUGCCUGUUUCCCCUGUUGGAACAAACCCCAAAACACAUUACACAAAGAGGACUCGGACAGCAGCAUCCAGAGGAACACCCUCCUGACCAAGCUGGCUGCUGUCCGGACCAAAGAUGGGUUUGACUCUUGGAAAGACCCGUGCAACUCCCGAAAGUCCAGUCAGUCUUUAGGGCUAGACUAUUCCCGCAAAUCCAGUCAAUGUUUGCAACUUGACUGUUCGCUCAAAUCAAGCCAGAGUGUUCCAGUGGAGUCCUAGGAGCCAGAU